AUCGUAAAUAUUCAUUCGAAUUUCCUAAAUUUUCGCAACAUAGCCUCACAUUUGAUUAAAUUUAAUCUUUUUCAUCAUUUCCAUUUCAAGGUAUAUCGCAGAGUAGUGCAAUGCUUCAGAAAACACAAUGAAUAUUUUAUAGUUAAAUAAUAAUGCUUGCUGUUUUUGUUAUUAGACAUAAGUUAUAAGACUAUUUUUUUUAUAGAAAGGGAAGGAUGCGAUAUAUGGUUUAAGUUUGGAAAUCUGGAAAAAUAUCUAGAAAUCUGACACUGAACAUUAUAAGAAAAGAUAAUGUUUAUUGAUCUUGUUAGGUUUAUUUCAAUACACGAGAUAGUUACUUAUGACAAACAAGGUUAUAGUGAUAAAAUUAUUCGGAAGGAAAGUAAAGCCGUUUAUUUCAAAAUCUUGUUGAUAAAGAUAAAAAAUGUUGUUAGGAAACUACGCCUGUAAAAUUACUCCACUUUACGGUCCCUACACAAUGCGGUAAAUUUGCAUUGCCAGUAGCCAAUCAGUUUCAUUUAGCUUCCCGUACAUCGUGGAAGGACUUGUACCCGCCCACACAUCUCGAAACCAUAUCAUUUGGUGCUAAAAAUAGUUCCCUGUUUGUAGUCCGAUCAUCAUGAACAAACCGAUGAAGUUUAUUAUUCUUGGCGCCGGCAUCAAUGGUUUAUCGUGUGCGUAUCGUAUCUCGGAGCACUAUCCGAAUGCUCGCUUGGAGAUAAUUAGCGAACGAUUCAGUCCUAAUACCACCAGCGAUGUAGCCGCAGGGCUUUGGGAACCUUAUCUCAGCGGUGAUACCCCGAAGCAGCUGCUCAGGAAAUGGUCUCGCGAUACGUACGAAUAUUUCCACAAGCUAUGGAAGGAUGGUCGCGCUGAGGAAUGUGGGAUAUCUUUGGUGCCGUUUGUUUCAUGUUCCUGUAGUACGGAACCGGAUGACAUCUUCUGGAAAGAUUUCGUAUUUCACUAUGGAGACUUGACGCGGGAUAGAUUGGAGCAAUUGAGUUUGGAACAUGGCGAGGACUACAAGUCCGGAACGGAAUUCAUCACCUUCACAUGCGAACCAACAAAGUUGAUGAAAGUAUACACCAGUGUUCUCAAAUCACGUGGCACGGUUUUCCGCCAACAAAGGAUCGGAUCCAUUGAAGAGCUCGCACAAGAAGCAUCACACCACACCACCGUCAUCGUGAUCAACUGCUUGGGACUUGGAUCCCGUGAGCUGCUCAACGACCGCAAGAUCGGUCCCAGUCGAGGACAGGUUCGUCGCGUUGAGGCACCGUGGAUGUUCCAUGUGUUCUGCAAUGACCGGGCCUACGUUAUUCCCAAUACCGGCAGCGUUACCAUGGGUGGCAUCAAGCAGAUUGACGAUUAUGAACUCGAGGCACGGCCGGCGGAUACGGACACGAUCAAGCGGGGAUGCUAUGGAAUCGUACCGGCACUGGACCGCGCACCAGUUAAAGGGGAAUUUGUGGGAUUGAGGCCCCUUCGUCAGGCGGUUCGAUUGGAGACGGAGUGGAUCAAGACAGAUGGUGCAAAUCGAUUUCCGGUAAUACACAAUUACGGCCACGGGGGCAGUGGAAUCACUCUUUCCUGGGGCUGCGCCGGAGAGGUUCUCAACUUAGUACGCAACGUUAUCUGCGAGGACAUCCCCCACAGUAGGAAGUCGAAGCUGUAAAUGAAACGCCCAUCGUCUUAUCAACGUUGAAGGGAUGGAUUCUGAUGAAGAUUUUUGAUAGAGAAGUUGCAAUAUAAUAAACAGUCGUAGCCCCCUGGAGAUAGGGGAAAAAUAAACAUAAAAUAUUUGCGAGACUUGCAAACCCGGUUUCGCACAGUA